AAGCUGUCCACCCCACCGCACGCCCACAACCAUCUUUUCCGAGUGUGCUCAGAACAUGGUGCUGCUGCUCGUGAUCGCAGCGCCCGGGUAAAGCGCCAGCCCGCGGUGUUCAGCUCCUAACGUUACCGGCUCCCGCCGUUCCCUUCAACAGGCUCGUACAGACGGGGAGGAGAACCGAGAGCGAACGGAAGAGGACGCAACGCCACACAGCUGCGGUGCGUUCGCCUGGCACGAGCGUUCCCGUGAAAAACAGCGGACUUGAAAGCAGUUUCGGAGGAGAGCUAAACGGACAAAGUGUGGAUUAAAGAGGCGGAUAACGCUGGAGCGCUGGCGCGGGAUUUUAAGCGUUGGAGUAUGAGAGCUCAUUCUUUCUCUGAACUCCACGAGUGUUGAACUGCCACCCCGAUCACACGACUUGAGGCCUGGGAAGAAAAAAAAAAAUACUAAACAAAACAAAAAAAACUUUCGUCUUCAUUUUGAACAUUGAAAUGAUUUGAUAUUACCGCAGAGGAACCGGUUAAAAGUGGUUACACACAAGCAGGGAUAUACUUUGCCUCAGCACACGUUGACUUGUUAAAUGCCAUCAGUGUUUUCUUCUUCUUGGAAGUUGGAAUCUUAAGUGUUGGUCUCCUGGAGAGGGCAGAUAUGCACGAGCGCGCUGCUCCCUCACGCAAACCGCUGAUGUCAUUAGAAGUUGUCACGACGUCACCCGGAGCUUGAAGUGUUCUAUGCGCUUUGAAAUCUGGAAAACCCGCGGCUGACAUCCGGAGCGGGUGUUCAGGAAAGGACGGGGCUCCUCCAUGGGAGCAGGCCGUCUUCUGACCCUCGGCGAGGCGGCAGUGACGGAAUCUGACUUGAGUUUUGACGGGAACACACGGGCGGCUUUAACCGUCAGGCAUUUAUUUUUCCUCGGUUUGCGGACAGAAGGACGAUUCUCGCUACUUCGUUAUGUCAGAACCUAAGGGAAUACACUGUUAGUUAUCUCUGAAUCAAUUUUCUGUGUUUUUGACCGCAUAAAGGGAAAAGUGGCGCAUUUAAAAAUAUAUAUAUCUCAGCAACUGGCGCCUUUUUAGCAGCUAAAACUCUUUGGAAAAACAGCGACCGUUAAGUUUGGCGUUUGCGGAGUUAAAACUGAAACCGAGUACGAGAAAUGUGUAAAAUCUGGCAUAUGGAAACAUGAAAUAUAACCUUGGUUUACCUUUGCAUGUCAUUUGGGAAGGGAAAGUAAAUUCAAGCAUUGUCGAGCAUUGGAGAGGGUGUUUGAGGGACAGUGUUGACUGGAUUAAAAAGAAACUCAUUUAAAAGCCGUUUCAGAACACCCGAUGUGAACUAACCUACUUUAAAAAAAAUAUUCAUUAAUUUAACGAUACGUACUUGCUCCUGUGGUGUUGAAUUCGUGUUUAAAGCAAUGUUUUUAGAAAAGCAGGAUCGAGCGGAUGACAGUGAGUCAGUGUCGGCCGCGCGCACGGAGCAAAAGUACACUCACGCGCGUUCACGCGCCACUUAGCCAUAGAAUAUAAUGGAAUCCGAGUGCUGACGUAAUCCCAGCACGGAUAAGGAACUGCUCAAGAGUCCAAGACGGUCCAUCUUCAUAGUGAAUGCACUUGGAAUUUACUUCCGGCUGGACUCUUUUCUAAUAUAAACUGUGCUUUUUGUUCUCAUACGGAUCCAUGUCAAGUGCCCCUUCCUCUGUACUGUCAGCAGUUGGUGAUAUGUGUUAAAUUAAAGUCAGUUGUUGUCUCAUCACCAUGUCAUUGCCAGAGCAGCACCAGCCACUGCACGAGACGGAGGUGAGGUGUGAUAGCGAAGGGGGAGCUGCUACUGUGCGGAUAACCGACAGCCGUAAUCAACAGGUGGGUCCAGGCAAGGAGGGCAUGGGCUCCUCCAAACCUUGCAAAUACAGUAUCUCGUCAAGCUGCAGCUCGGGGGAAUUGGGUGUUCCCAGGGCUGUGAUGACUCGUCUGAGCAGUCCAAGGAGAGUGCCGCCACUGUUUGAGAGGUCUGCCGCACAGUGCUGGGACCCCAAAUUUAACUCCGCCAUCCUGGAGGAGGCGUGCAGGGAACGCUGUUUCCCACAGAUGCAGAGAAGGUUCCGCUACAUCCUGUUUUACCUGGCCACUGCUGCGCUCCUGUGGGGGAUCUACUUUGGGAUCAAUAGCACCAGGUGUGACCCUACAAACUUCCUGGUCCCCACGGCAGGGUUUUUUGUACUGUGCCUCCUCCUCCUCUGCUUUACAUUCUCAAGGCCAUAUGCGCGUUACUACAACCACACAUCCUUCCUGCUUACGGUGAUCAUGUUUGGGAUCACCCUGGCGCCUCAAAUGCACACUUCUCACUUUGCUCAUUUUGAUGUCCAAAAACCAGGCAAUCAGUCACUACUGCCUACGUCUCAAAAUGCUCCGUGUAUAUCACCCGUUGGGACGUUCUCCCUCUGUAUAGAGGUGCUGCUUUUGCUGUACAGUGUGUUGCACUUGCCACUGUAUGUGUCGGUGCUUCUCGGCCUGCUGUAUUCUGUCCUCUAUGAGGCUUUAGGCUGGCUGUACCUCGUUCAGAUGGACGUUAGCUAUGUAGAGUCGCAAAGGUCGGACUUGCAUACUCUGAGCUGGCUUGGCCUAGGUAAAGUCCUGCUGCACCUGUGCGCGCACAUCAUUGGCAUCCACAUAUUCAUCAUGUCCGAAGUGCGCUCUCGGAGUACCUUUCUCAAGGUAGGUCAGGCAAUCAUGCACGGGAAGGGCCUGGAGGUGGAGAAGGCGCUGAAGGAGCGGAUGAUCCACUCCGUGAUGCCCCGGCUGGUGGCGGACGAGCUCAUGAAGCAAGGAGACGAGGAAGGUGAGAGUUCUGGGAAACGAUACAGCGCAGGUACCUGCUCCGUUGCCCCCGCAUCUGCCGCCACCUCAUCCAACCCCAAAAGCAACAAACAUAAGAAGAACUCUAUCCCUCGCGGACAAAUCAUCUUCAGACCCUUCAACAUGAAGCGCAUGGAGCCGGUGAGCAUCCUCUUUGCAGACAUCGUGGGAUUCACCAAAAUGAGUGCCAACAAGUCCGCCCCUGCUCUGGUAGGACUGCUAAACGACCUCUUCGGUCGCUUCGACCGUCUGUGUGAGUUGACCCGCUGCGAGAAGAUCAGCACUCUAGGAGAUUGCUACUAUUGCGUGGCGGGCUGCCCGGAGCCGCUCCCCGAUCACGCGUACUGCUGUGUGGACAUGGGGCUCGGGAUGAUCCAGGCCAUCGAGCAGUUCUGUCAGGAGAUGUCGGAGACUGUGGACAUGCGUGUCGGCGUGCACACCGGCACCGUGCUCUGUGGUAUUCUGGGAAUAAAGCGCUUUAAGUUUGACGUUUGGUCCAAUGAUGUCAAUUUGGCCAAUCUUAUGGAACAGCUGGGUGUGGCGGGAAAGGUGCACUUGUCGGAGGUCACAGCAGGUUUUUUGGAUGACCGUUAUGAGAGGGAGGAUGGACGAGUGAUGGAACGUGUCGGGCACAGUGUUACUGAUCAGCUGAAAGGUUUAAAGACGUAUCUGAUCUCGGGAAGGAAGAUGGGCUCGCAGUGUGGCUGUUCCCAGCUCAGUCUGGGCCGAGACUUCAGCGAGAUGAGUCCAUCCUUAAACACACACACUCCAGAUCUCACACACUGCACCGUCACUGAACCUCUCUCGCACGGCAAGCCUGUGUGUACAUCCUGUAACAUCUCCGUAGAUGUUGUUGACAAUCCGAUAGCCGAUGAAGCAACUCGAAAUGGCUGCAAGGAUGAACACAGAGACAAAAGCAGCAAGUUUCCUGUAGGCCGUAGCCCUAAAACCCUGAACGGGCUGUUGAGUCCUCAGUGUGAGGAGCGGGUGAGGGUCAGCCAGUUGUCUCUGAGCGACAAAUUCCAGAAGGACAGGAGCUGGGUAGGAAGUCUGGCCACCGAAGGAGGCAGCGCCAGCGGCAUGGACCACUCAGCCAUCCUCCCGCUGCGCUCCAAAAACUUUAGGGAGAAAAGCGACGUGCACUUUGUGGAAGUGAUAAAGGGAGACAGUCUGAUGAAGGAUUACUUCUUCAAACCGCCCAUUAACAAGCUGAGCCUGAACUUCCUUGAAAAAUCUCUGGAGUCAGCUUAUCGCACCAGCUACCAUGCAGAGGUGUUGAAUCAGGUGCCGGUGCGGACGUUUGCAAGUCCAGUCUUCAGCUCGCUGCUUGAUGUUCUGCUGUCUUGUGCCGUUUUUCUCGCCCUGACCUUUGCCUGCUUCCUGUAUCCCCUUGUUACCAUGGAGACGCCCCUGGCAACCACACUCUGUCUGGCCAUCACAGCCGCUCUGGUGGAGCUGGUUUCUCUCGUUUUGUCCAUUCGUUUGGUGUUUUGUCUGGAUGAUGUACAGAAUUGUACCCGGUCUCUGUUGAAGCUGGUGUCUGGCUGGCUCCUGCGUCAUGUGAUCGGGGCUGUGCUCGUUUCACUUCCUGCUGUGUCCGUCUUCUCCCACCUGGCUUACAGUCUGCAGCUGCCCAUCCAGGUGACCAUGUUCCUGUGCUGUGCUCUCAUCAUUGCUAUUAUCCAGUACUGUAACUUCUGCCAGCUGAGUUUCUGGAUGCGCUCUGCUCUGGCCACUGUAGCGGGUUUGUCUUUACUCAUCCUGCUCUACAGUGCCACCACCAGGCCCAGCACCACUGACAGUUUUCCAGCUUCUAGGAAUAUGAGUAACCAGGGUGCCGAAGUAAAUCAGACAGGUGAUUUGGACUCUGCGCCCACAGCGCUCGACCUGCUCGUCCUAGAGACCGUACUCUCCUUCUUCCUCCUGCUGAUGCUGGUUUGGUUUCUCAAUCGGGAAUUCGAGGUCAGCUACCGCCUGCAUUACCACGGGAAUGUGGAAGCUGACAAGCAUCGCAUCAAGAUCCAGACCAUGCGAGAUCAAGCGGACUGGCUACUGCGUAACAUCAUCCCCAUCCAUGUUGCCGAGCAGCUGGAGGUGAACCAGAGUUACUCCAAAAAUCACGAGAACGUCGGAGUCAUCUUCGCAAGUAUUGUCAACUUCAGCGAGUUCUACGAAGAGAGCUACGAGGGUGGGAAAGAGUGCUACCGAGUACUUAAUGAACUUAUCGGAGACUUUGACGAACUGUUGCGCAAGCCGGCAUUCUCAAAUGUAGAGAAGAUUAAAACCAUUGGUGCCACCUACAUGGCAGCGUCUGGAUUAAAUGGGCAGCAGUGCCAAGAGCAGCCACACCCGCAUGCCCACCUACGUGCCCUCUUUGACUUUGCCCUUGAAAUGAUGCGCGUGGUGGAUGAUUUUAACAAGAACAUGUUGGGUUUCAAGUUCAAGCUGCGAAUUGGCUUCAACCAUGGGCCCCUGACUGCCGGCGUCAUCGGCACUACCAAGCUGCUUUACGACAUAUGGGGCGACACGGUCAACAUCGCUAGCCGCAUGGACAGCACAGGAGUGGAGUGCCGCAUACAGGUUAGCGAAGAGAGUCACUGUGUGCUUAACAGGAUGAACUACGUCUUUGAUUAUCGUGGCACUGUAAACGUGAAAGGAAAGGGGCAGAUGAGGACUUACCUGUAUCCCGAAAUGAACGAAGGCAGAUCGGGGUCCACACAAAGCCUGGAACAAGGCCAGGUGGUCGGUGCUGUCGGGCAUUUAGAGCCCAACACACUUCCCAAUGCAACAAUAACAACAUCUGCUGCACCACUAAACCCCCCAUCCACCUCUCCCAAUGUUGCCUCCAUCAAUGGCCAAGGUGUGCCUCAGGGCCGUGUAUUAGGCCCGUCUCAGAUUACAAAGGCAUUGCACCAAGACACUAAGGACAAUUCUCCUGUCCCAGAGCUCAAAGAAAAGGAUUACGAGAGUCCUGAUCAAGCACCAUCACUAAGUGGUACACAACUUCCAUCAGUAGCACAACUAUACGCACCAUUAGCCAGACCAGAGACACCUUUACAAGGAGACGAAGAUGAAGCUGCAGAUGAGCGUACAAAGCUCAGGGCAGUGGAGUGAUUCAAGUUUCCUCCACACCUCAGCUGACCUUCUUUAAGAGCUAAUCAACAGCUAAUUUUCAGACUCUACUUCCUUCAAGGGGCUUUUCCGACCACAACUGUUGGAGUUCCAACGAGUAGCAUUAGCCUGUAUAGGGCAUAUGUGUUGAUAACGUGACCUAAAUAGAAAAAUGGGUGCUCUAAGCAUCUGCUGUGUGGAUCACAGUGUAGCACAGAGGGGGAAAUGGAUGGAGUUAAUAUUUCUGAUGUUCUCCAAUUUGUUUUUUUUUUUUGCUUAUAAAGUGCCUUCACAAUAUGUAAGAUCAGUCAAAUGAACAAAUGAAAGAAAUGUUUGAACAAAUAUAUCAGCAUGGCUUUUUGAAAAGAUGUGGACAGUGAAUAUAUUGUAACGUAUUACACCUCUAAUGCCAUAUUCAUUUAUUUCAGUAUUUCUUUCUCUCAAUCAAUAACGAGCCAGUUGCUAAUUAGAAACAGGUUUUUAUAAUGAAUAUACAGUAUAUUAUUUUCACUGCUCUGCUC